UUGCCAGCUCUCCGAUGGACCCGCUCUCCCGCAAAAUGCUUACGCGCUAAGCGCGGUACACACUACGUUAUAAUUGGUUAGGAAAAAAAUAGUUGUUGUUAAAAUUUGACCUACCUAUUUUUUAUUAAAAAUGUCAUCUAUAAACGAUACCUAAUGUCAGCAAAAGAUUUGGAUACUGAUAUUUGCUUAUUUUGCAGCUUAACACAUCGCUUAGCUUUCUCAAACGAAGAUAUGGAUAAGGUCCCAGCAUCAUCAUCUGGUCAUGGGCGGGCACGAAGCUCCCGAGCACGCUCUCGUGGCGCUCGUGGCCGUGGUAGUCGCAGUCGUGCUCGAGGUGGAAGUCGUGGUCGUGCUUGCGAAAUGCUUGGUGUGGAAUCACCGCCUGUGCCAGCUGCCGUCCUGGAGCCGCCGUCCGGUCAUGUAGCAGCCGUAGUACAGCCCUCUACAUCAACGUCACUAGCCGAAGGCUUAAAAAAAGUAAGGGAGCAGAAGGUUUCUGAUAAAAAGAACCUCAAUGUUCUAACAGCAGAACAAAGAGCCCGUCUAUUUACUUUAAGAGAGCAGAAGGAGGUAACUAGUUUUUUGCUGCCAGAUGCCCCAGAAAAAAAGCAGAAAAGAAAAAUAUCUCUAACCCGUGUUCAGUGUCCCCUUACACCUGGGACACCAACCACUCCACCUCUGCCUAAGCCUAGACCUUGGGAAACAGAUAAACCUGUGCCAUCAACCUCAAAGUUCGACCCCCCUCCUUCGCUCGGUGGAUACUUUGACCGUCCAGUUGGGGCGUGCAGCGGUGACGUCGCUGACCUCGGCGACCUUGAGAGGCCCAGUGAAGUCGAGAUUGGUGCCAUACAGUCGGUGGUGGAAAAAACCCCUGGAAAGAGACGACGUAAAUUAAUUUUUUCACCUUCAACGGGCAUUAAACACGUGGAGGCCCUCCAGGCGGAAGAAGUUGUAGUGGAUGCUCAUAUCGAGCUACUCGGAUUUACACCCACAUCCAGUACCAGCAACAUACCAGACUCAAAUACGUCUACUCCAAAAUCUUUACCCGCAGUUACUAAAGAACCAUCAUUAUUCGAAGACCCGGAGGAAAUGACUGCCGAGUGGGAAGACAAUGACAUGAUCCAGCAAAACGCAGGCAGCGAUUUGGAUGACGAUCUGCUGGAUACAGGCACCGUUAACAUUGGCGAACACCGGCACAGGAAUGUCAACGAUUAUCCAGCAGAUUUGUCAGAUAUAUCUUCUGAGCAUCUGCACCAAUUGCACCUGUUAGAUGCUGAAGACGAUUCUGCAUUACGGGACAUAGCAGAUAAUGAAGACUUGCUGCAUUUUGCCUGGAGCAGCGACCCCCAAGUCUUUACCGGUUACAAACCCACAUUCAGGAUAAUAUCUUAUGGACUGAUGAGGCACUAUUCACCCGAGUAGGAUUUUACAAUGUUCAU